AUGGGGGCCGUCUACUCUUCGCCCCGCCGUGCCCAGCCCCAGGCUCCUCCCCACUUCCCCACCAAGGGCCUUGAGUUCGUCAAGCCCAAGCCCGAGCUUUCCCCCGUUAGCCCCAAGACCACCACCACCAACAAGAGCGCGCCCAUCUACAUGCCCUCGCAGAAGCUCCUGCAGUCCCUGGACACUCUGCCCGAGAACAAGGCCCAAAUGAUGACCGCCGCCAUCUCCACCUCGUGGACCAACGCCCUCAGCGACGAGGACCUCUCCUCGCGCUUCAGCCACCUCGUGACCUCCGAAGCCCUCAACCCGUGGUGGAAGCAAGACGCGGCGGCCUGCGAAUGCCAUGCGUGCAAGGCCAAGUUCUCGACCUUCAGGAGAAAGCACCACUGCCGCAGAUGUGGCGAGAUCUUCUGCUACGCGUGCACGAAGCAGCGCAUGUCGUUGCCCCACCUGAACUACGGCCGCACGCCGACGCUCAAGACCGGGAUCAUGGUCAAGUACUACGCCCAGGAGACGCACGGCCUGCGCUCGAAGAUCAUGCACAUGAAGCUCUCCUUCCAGGACGAGGACCAGCUCCGCCUGUCGUGGCGCUCGCUCGACCGCGUGGUGGAGACCACCUCGAUCGACUUCCACACCAUCAACGGAAUCAUCUCCGGUCCCUCCAACUCGUCCUUUGCCUCCCACGCUCUGCCUUCAACCGAAGAUGUGAUCGAGGACCUCUUCUUCACGCUGAAGCUCGAGGACGGCACCGAGCUCUACUUCGAAACCAUCACCCCUCUGCAGAAGAAGGAGGAGUGGAUCGCGGCGCUGCAGGAAUGCGUGCUCCAGUACCAGAACAAGGAGACGCGGAUUCGACAGGUCGCGCAGCUGCAGAACAAGCUCAACGCCAGCGACGAGGACAGCGACGACGAGGAGGACGUCGACAGCGAGGUUGAGACCGAGGAGGACCAGGACCAGGACGAAGACCUCAGCAACAUGGGCGGUCUGCCUUGCCUGGCGGUCACCUUCCCCGACGAGCUGAUGGGUCCCAACGGUUCCGCCGUCUCGACUCGUCGCGACAUCCUCAACCGCAGGAGACCCAGCUUCUAG